CCUAUUCUCUGUCUUGGUGUUGUGAAUCAGUACCGACUUCGUGGUCGAGAGACGUUUCUGUUUCGUAGCCGCCCGCCACUGCCGUUGAUUCUUCUCCGGCAUCUCUUUAUCCAUAUUCUUGCCGGUCACCACCUCGCCAAAAAAUUGUCUUCGAACUAACAAUCUCCCUCUCUAUCUCUCUCUCGGUAUUUAACAGAAGCAACAAUGGCGACUCGUGAUGGCGGUAUCAAGUCGACAUCUAUAAAUGGGGUAAAAAUGUACACAAUAGCAUCACAACAACCCUCGCUUGCUUCCUGGCUUCCAUCUAAGAAAGAAAAAUCUCAUCGAGCUGUCAAAAGUUAUACACAAAACGUGCAAUUGCUAGAAGACUUGAGGUUUACAACUGCAACAACGAAGAUUAAGGCAACUCCUGAUGGCGAGUUUAUCAUAGCUUCAGGUAUAUAUCCACCACAAGUAAAAGUGUACGAGGUCAGGGAGCUGGGAUUAAAGUUUGAAAGACAUUUGGAUUCAGAGAUCAUUGAUUUUCAGGUUUUAAGUGAUGACUAUUCAAAACUUGCAUUUUUAUGUGCUGACCGCUCUGUUAGUCUGCAUGCAAAAUAUGGAAAGCACUACAGUUUGCGAAUACCAAGGAUGGGAAGGGAUAUUACUUAUGAUGAGUGGUCUUGUGACUUGCUUUGUGCUGCCUCUUCCCCCGAUCUGUACAGAAUUAACCUAGAACAGGGACGAUUUCUCUCCUCCCUUAGCACACAAUCCCCUGCGCUGAAUGUAGUUUGUCGUAGCAAGCUUCAUGGGUUAGUUGCCUGUGGUGGUGAAGAUGGUGCUUUGGAAUGCUUUGACAUGCGUGUGAGAUCUUCAGUUGGUAGAAUUGAUGCUGUCGGACCUAGUGGUGAUGUUGACCAGGAGGUCACUGCACUUGAGUUUGACGUUGAUGGUGGCUUCUUAAUGGCUGUUGGAAGUAGUGCAGGAAAGGUUCUCAUCUAUGACUUGCGCUCAUCACGUCCUGUGAGAAUACAGGAUCAUAUGUAUGGGAGUUCCAUAUUGGACAUUAAGUGGCAUCGUACUAUGAACUUUGAACGAGCAAUGCUGAUUACUAGUGAUAAUCACGUCGUUAGGAUAUGGGAUCCUGACACGGGAGAAGGUUUGACCAGCAUUGAACCGACAACAGGAACAAUAAAUGAUGUGUGUACAUUUCCUGGUAGUGGUUUGAUUUUGCUGGCCUUGGACUGUAGCCAAAUACCAUCUUAUUUCAUACCAUCCCUUGGACCUGCUCCUAAGUGGUGUUCUUCUCUAGAAAAUUUCACGGAGGAGCUAGAGAUGGGAGGACAAACGACUAUUUAUGAUCAUUACAAAUUUUUGACAAAGGAGGAGCUUGACAGGUUAAAUUUGACCCACCUGAUUGGCACCAAUGUACUUAGAGCCUACAUGCACGGCUUCUUUAUUCAUUAUGCGUUAUACAAAAAGGCAAAAGCGUUGGCAGAUCCUUUUGAAUUUGAAGCUUAUUUUGAACAGAACAAGCGAGAAAAAUUAGAAGCUGAACGGGCCUCAAGAAUUACGAUCAAGAGAAAAUUACCCAAAGUUAAUCGGGACCUUGCAGCUCGCCUCCUUAAAGAUGAAGAUGUUGAAAAUGAAAAGAGAGAUGCUGCUGAAGAUGAAGAAACUAAAAAGGCAUCCAAUAAAAAGAAAGGGCUUAGCAUGCAAGAUCUUCAAGAUGAGAGAUUUAAAGCUAUAUUUACAAAUGAGGAUUUUGAGAUUAAGGAGUCCUCCGAAGAAUAUUUAGCUUUGCAUCCCAUGGGUGCUAAGAAGCAAACAUCCUUGUUAAAGGAACAUUUUGAACCUGUCAUGUCUGAUGACGAUCUAAGUCUAGGUGAAGAUGGUGCAUCAUCAGAAGAUGAGCGUACAGAUAAAAUGAAUCAGAAAACUCGAGUUCCAAGGAUGUACGAAAUUAAGAAUGAGCAGCAUGCAGAGGCAUUCUGGAGCCGAAAAUCACUUGCAGCAGAGGAAUCACUUCCUAUGGGAGAUAGAGUGGCAGCUCUAAAAGAUGACCAAAAAAUCUCUCAUAUUCCACGUGGUGUUAAACUGGGUCCUGGAGGAUCACGAGAAAUAACAUUCACCUCGAGAAGCAAAGCAACCUACAAGGAUGAUGAUGAUGAUAAAGAUGCGGGACCCCAGAAAAAGAGGGGAGUUCAAUCUUUGGGGCUCAAAUCCCACGGAUCAGGGUUUAAUGGCCGUGGUCGUGGACGUGGCCGUGGGAGAGGGAACCGUGGGAAUGGCAGAAGAGGACGUCGAUAAUAACCUGAAACACAAAUGUAAAUGGCAUUUGGUUUCCCGGCAAAAGUUGGCAAAAGUUCACUUUUCUCUGCAUUUACGGUGCUGUGGGUUCCAGGCAAAAGUUGGCGUGGUUGCAGAGCUGCAUUACCUCUAAUGCACCAUAUAUCCUUUUUCUUCCUGACACAAGCCUAUCAUCCUAAUAGUUACAUAGUUACAAUGUUUUCUUCCCCCUUUAUUUUGGAUGCUCUGAAGAUAAGUUAGUUUGCUGUGAACCUCACCCGACUUUUAACAUUGUUAAGGGAAAAGGGGGAGGUUUGAGUCAUAUCACAUCACAUGUUAAACAUAGUAUAGUAUUGUACCGAGCAUGUAGUCUAAAUAUUGUCUAUGAAUUGUCCAUUUUGGAUAAAUUUUAUCCCUUAAUCUGUCUGUUGACUCAUUAAGGAAAAUCCCCAUCAAUUUCUACCUUUUUAUCAAUUUCUACUUAAAUUGAGAAAGAAAUGACGUUCAACUUUGGAAGAUA